AUGUUGUACACAACACAACCUACAACACCAACAACAUCAGCAGAAACAACUGCAGUGACAAAUACUGUUACCCCAACAAGCACAAUUCCGGGGACAACCACUGCAACAAGUGAAACAUCCACUACAUCUCCAACAACAGCAGAAACUACUGCAGUUACAACCUCUGCAACAAGUGAAGCAUCCACUACAACACCAACAGCAGAAUCUGGAACCACAAUUUUGUACACAACACAACGUACCACACCACCAACAACAGCAGAAACAACUGCAGUGACAACUACUGUCACCCCAACAAGCACAAUUCCAGGAACACCCACUGCAACAACUGAAGCAUCCACUACAUUACCAACAUCAGCAGAAACAACUGCAGUGACAACUACUGUUACCCCAACAAGCACAAAUCCAGGGACAACCACUGCAACAAGUGAAGCAUCCACUACAUCACCAACAACAGCAGAAACUACUGGAUUGACAAGUACUGUUACCCCAACAAGCACAAUUCCAGGGACAACCACUGCAACAAGUGAAGCAUCCACUACAUCACCAACAACAGCAGAAACUACGGCAUUGACACCUACUGUUACCCCAACAAGCACAAUUCCAGGGACAACCACUGCAACAAGUGAAGCAUCCACUACAUCACCAACAGCACAAUCUGCAACCACAAUUUUGUACACGAUACAACCUACAACACCACCAACAUCAACAGAAACAUCCACAUUGACAAAAAAUAGCACCCAAACAAGCACAAUUCCAGAGACAGCCACUGCAACAACUGAAGCAUCCACUACAUCACCAACAGCAGAAUCUGGAACCACAAUUUUGUACACAACACAACCUACAAUAUCACCAACAUCAGAAGAAACAACUGCAGUAACAACUACUGUUACCCCAACAAGCACACUUGCAGGGACAACCACUGUAACAAGUGAAGCAUCCACUACAACACCAAGAACAGAAUCUUCCACCACAACCUUGUACACAACAGAACCUACAACAUCACCAACAGCAGAAACUACUGCAGUGACAAGUACUGUUACUUCAACAAGUACAAUUCCAGGGACAACCAAUGCAACAGGUGAAGCAUCCACUACAUCACCAACAGCAGAAUCUGGAACCACAAUUUUGUACACAACACAACCUACAACACCACCAACAUCAGCAGAAACAACUGCAGUGACAAGCACUGUUACCUUAACAAGCACAAUUCCAGGAACAACCACUGCAACAAGUGAAGCAUCCACUACAUUACCAACAACAGCUGAAACAACUGCAGUGACAACUACUGUUAGCCAAACAAGCACAAUUCCCAGGACAACCACUGCAACAAGUGAAGCAUCCACUACAACACCAACAACAAAAUCUGGAACCACAAUUUUGUACACAACACAACCUACAACACUACCAACAUCAGAAGAAACAACUCCAGUGACAACUACUGUUACCCCAACAAGCAUAAUUCCAGGGACAACCACUGCAACAAGUGAAGCAUCCACUACAUCACCAACAACAGCAGAAACUAUGGCAUUGACACCUACUGUUACCCCAACAAGCACAAUUCCAGCGACAACCACUGCAACAAGUGAAGCAUCCACUACAUCACCAACAGCACAAUCUGGAACCACAAUUUUGUACACGACACAACCUACAACACCACCAACAUCAACAGAAACAUCCACAUUGACAAAAAAUAGCACCCAAACAAGCACAAUUCCAGAGACAGCCACUGCAACAAGUGAAGCAUCCACUACAUCACCAACAGCAGAAUCUGGAACCACAAUUUUGUACACAACACAACCUACAACACCACCAACAUCAGCAGAACCAACUGCAGUGACAACUACUGUUACACCAACAAGCACACUUGCAGGGACAACCACUGUAACAACUGAAGCAUCCACUACAACACCAAGAACAGAAUCUUCCACCACAACCUUGUACACAACAGAACCUACAGCAUCAUCAACAGCAGAACCAACUGCAGUGACAAGUACUGUUACCCCACCAAGCACAAUUCCAUGGACAACCACUGCAACAAGUAAAGCAUCCACUACAUCACCAACAGCAGAAUCUGGAACCACAAUUUUGUACACAACACAACCUACAACACCACCAUCAGCAGCAGAAUCAUCCACAUUGACAACAACUAGCACCAUAACAAGCACAAUUCCAUGGACAACCACUGCAACAAGUGAAGCAUCCACUACAUUACCAAAAGAAGAAUCUGCAACCACAAUUUUGUACACAACACAACCUACAACACCACCAACAUCAGCAGAAAGAACUGCACUGACAAGUACUGUUACGUUAACAAGCACAAUUCCAGGAACAACCACUGCAACAAGUGAAGCAUCCACUACAUUACCAACAACAGCUGAAACAACUGCAGUGACAACUACUGUUACCCAAACAAGCACAAUUCCAGGGACAACCAUUGCAACAAGUGAAGCAUCCACUACAACACCAACAACAGAAUCUGGAACCACAAUUUUGUACACAACACAACCUACAACACUACCAACAUCAGAAGAAACAACUCCAGUGACAACUACUGUCACCCCAACAAGCAUAAUUCCAGGGACAACCACUGCAACAAGUGAAGCAUCCACUACAUCACCAACAACAGCAGAAACUAUGGCAUUGACAACUACUGUUACCCCAACAAGCACAAUUCCAUGGACAACCACUGCAACAAGUAAAGCAUCCACUACAUCACCAACAGCAAAAUCUGGAACCACAAUCUUGUACACAACACAACCUACAACAGCACCAUCAUCAGCAGAAUCAUCCACAUUGACAACAACUAGCACCAUAACAAGCACAAUUCCAUGGACAACCACAGCAACUAGUGAAACAUCCACUACAUCACCAAAAGAAGAAUCUGCAAACACAAUUUUGUACACAACACAACCUACAACACCACCAACAUCAGCAGAAAGAACUGCACUGACAAGUACUGUUACGUUAACAAGCACAAUUCCAGGAACAACCACUGCAACAAGUGAAGCAUCCACUACAUUACCAACAACAGCUGAAACAACUGCAGUGACAACUACUGUUACCCAAACAAGCACAAUUCCAGGGACAACCAUUGCAACAAGUGAAGCAUCCACUACAACACCAACAACAGAAUCUGGAACCACAAUUUUGUACACAACACAACCUACAACUCUACCAACAUCAGAAGAAACAACUCCAGUGACAACUACUGUCACCCCAACAAGCAUAAUUCCAGGGACAACCACUGCAACAAGUGAAGCAUCCACUACAUCACCAACAACAGCAGAAACUACAGCAUUGACAACUACUGUUACCCCAACAAGCACAAUUCCAUGGACAACCACUGCAACAAGUAAAGCAUCCACUACAUCACCAACAGCAGAAUCUGGAACCACAAUCUUGUACACAACACAACCUACAACACCACCAUCAUCAGCAGAAUCAUCCACAUUGACAACAACUAGCACCAUAACAAGGACAAUUCCAUGGACAACCACAGCAACAAGUGAAGCAUCCACUACAUCACCAAAAGAAGAAUCUGCAAACACAAUUUUGUACACAACACAACCUACAACACUACCAACAUCAGCAGAAAGAACUGCACUGACAAGUACUGUUACGUUAACAAGCACACUUCCAGGAACAACCACAGCAACAAGUGAAGCAUCCACUACAUUACCAACAACAGCUGAAACAACUGCAGUGACAACUACUGUUACCCAAACAAGCACAAUUCCAGGGACAACUACUGCAACAAGUGAAGCAUCCACUACAACACCAACAACAGAAUCUGGAACCACAAUUUUGUACACAACACAACCUACAACACUACCAACAUCAGAAGAAACAACUCCAGUGACAACUACUGUCACCCCAACAAGCAUAAUUCCAGGGACAACCACUGCAACAAGUGAAGCAUCCGCUACAUCACCAACAAGAGCAAAAACUACAGCAUUGACAACUACUGUUACCCCAACAAGCACAAUUCCAGGGACAACCACUUCAAUAAAUGAAGCACACACUACAUCUCCAACAGCAGAAUCUGGAACCACAAUUUUGUACACAACACAACCUACAACACCACCAACAUCAACAAAAAAAUCCACAUUGACAAAAAAUAGCACCCAAACAAACACAAUUUCAGAGACAACCACUGCAACAAGUGAAGCAUCCACUACAUCAAUAACAGAAGAAUCUGCAACCACAAUUUUGUACACCACACAACCUACAACACUACCAACAUCAGAAGAAACAACUCCAGUGACAACUACUGUUACCCCAACAAGCAUAAUUCCAGGGACAACCACUGCAACAAGUGAAGCAUCCACUACAUCACCAACAACAGCAGAAACUAUAGCAUUGACAACUACUGUUACCCCAACAAGCACAAUUCCAGGGACAACCACUGCAACAAGUAACGCAUCCACUACAUCACCAACAACAGAAUCUGGAACCACAAUUUUGUACACAACACAACCUACAACACCACCAACAUCAGCAGAAACAACUGCAGUGACAAGUACUGUUACCCCAACACGUACAAUUCCAGGGACAACCACUGCUACAACUGAAACAUCCACUAAAUCACCAACAAGAGUAUCUGACACCACAACUUUAUUUACAACCCAACCUGCAACAACAGCAGAAACUACAGCAGUGACAACAACUGUAUCACCAACAAUUCCAGUGAUAACCACUGCAACAUAUGAAACAUCCACAACACCAACAGCAGAAUUGUCCACCUCAACUUUGUACACAACACAACCUACAACACCACCAACAUCAACAGAAACAACCACAUUGACAACAACUAGCACCCCAACAAGCACAAUUCCAUUGACAACUACUGCAACAUCUGCAACAUCCACUACAACACCAAGAACAGAAACUGUCACCAAAACUCUAUACACAACACAACCUACAACACCACCAACAUCAGCAGAAACUACUGCAGCGACAACCACUGUUACCCGAACAAGCACAAUUCCAGUGACAAGCACUGCAACAUAUGAAACAUCCACAACACCAUCAGCAGAAUUAUCCACCUCAACUUUGUACACAACACAACCUACAACACCACCAACAACAGCAGAAACUACUGCAGUGACAACUACUGUUACCCCAACAAGCACAAUUCCAGGGACAACCACUGCAACAAGUGAAGCAUCCACUACAACAUCAACAACAGAAUCUGCCAACACAACUCUAUACACACAGCAACCUACAACACUACCAACAUCAGCAAAAACAACUGCAGUGACAACCACUGAUACAACUAAAGCAUCCACUCCAAAACCAACAGAAUUUACCGCCACAACUUUGUACACAACACAACCUACCACACCACCAACAACAGCAGAAACUACUGCAGUGACAACACCUGUUACCCCAACAAGCACAAUUCCAGUGACAAGCACUGCAACAUAUGAAACAUCCACAACACCAUCAGCAGAAUUAUCCACCUCAACUUUGUACACAACACAACCUACAACACCACCAACAACAGCAGAAACUACUGCAGUGACAACUACUGGAAUAUAG